AUGGCUGAAACUUCUUCUGAUAACUGUAAUAUUAAUCCUCCUACAGGGAGUAGUACUAUUAAAGAUCUUAAUAAUACAAAUACGGAUAAUAGUAAUAACAACAACAAGAAUGAUAAUAGUAAUACUAAUAAUACUAAUACUAAUACCAACAAUAAUAACUUUAAUACCAACAAUAUCUCUACAGUAAGUAGUAAUUCUACAAUUAAUUCUCAAAAGCCAAAGAAGAAAAAAUAUGUACCAUUUGGUCCAUACAUAUUAAGCUCGACUUUAGGUGAAGGUGAAUUUGGUAAAGUAAAAUUAGGUUGGUCAAAAGCUUCCACACAAGCCUCGAAUGAAAUACCGAAACAAGUUGCCAUUAAACUCAUCAAGAGAAGUUCUAUCCUACCUAAAGGCUCAAACAAAGAAAUUAAAGUAUAUCGAGAAAUCAAUGCUCUAAAGCAAUUAUGCCAUCCAAAUAUAGUUAAAUUAGAUGAUGUUCUACAAAAUUCUAAAUAUAUUGGUAUUGUAUUAGAAUAUGCUUCUGGUGGUGAGUUUUACAAAUAUAUCCAAAGAAAGAAAAGAUUAAAAGAAAUUAAUGCUAGUAAAUUGUUUUCACAGCUAAUUAGUGGUGUUCAUUAUAUGCAUUCAAAGGGGCUAGUUCACAGAGAUCUCAAAUUAGAAAAUCUUUUGUUAGAUAAACAUGAAAAUUUAAUAAUAACAGAUUUUGGUUUUGUAAACGAAUUUUUUCAAACAAAUGAAUUAAUGCUCACUCCAUGUGGUUCACCAUGUUACGCUGCUCCAGAAUUGGUAAUAAGUAAGCAUCCAUAUGAAGCAAGAAAGGCGGAUCUAUGGUCAUGUGGUAUUAUAUUAUAUGCCAUGCUAGCUGGCUACUUACCUUGGGAUGAUGAUAUUAAAAAUCCAGAUGGUAAUGAUAUUGCAAGACUUUAUUACUAUAUUACUACCACACCAUUAAAAUUCCCAGAAUAUAUUCAACCUUUACCAAGAGAUUUAUUAAGAAAAAUAUUAGUUCCAAAUUAUAAAAAAAGAAUUAAUAUGCGAAGAAUCAUAAACCAUGAAUGGUUGAAGCCUCAUUUCACUUUUCUAUCGAUAGCAGCAAAUGAGUGGGAUAAAAUGAUUCCAAUACGGAAAGUUUUAAAGAACUCUAACCAAACAGUAGGAACUCACUCUGCUAAUAAUAGCUUUGUUAAAAUUAAUGCAUUAAGUACGAUAACAAAAACUGUGAAAGAACGUUCAGAUUCAUAUUCCAAUGCAGUUGCCAAGAGUAGACCUCUUUCUGUUUGUUCUACUAAUUCUGUGGGACUAUCGCAUCAAAAUAGAGAUUCGUUAAUUAUUGAUUCAACAUUAAUACCAUUACCUGCACCUCCCCAAGAAUCUCAAUCUCAUGCAAUCGUCAACACAUCAACAUCAUCUUCAUUAAUGGAUAUCACAUAUUCCAAUAAAUUGAAUAAAUUAAAUAACAAUGUUGGAUCAUCCAAUAACAUUUCUAAUAGCAAUACAAAUAUACCAAAAUAUAUAAGAGGUCAUAAGAGAGGAAAUUCGGCAGCCUCUAUUGCUUUGCAAGCUAUGAUUGAUAGUGAAAAUGAGCGUGAGCAAUCCAAGGAAGGAGACUUCUCUAAUCCUGGUUCAAAAACUACACAUGUAGCAGUUACUAAUUCAAGCAAUAUAAAUCAUAAUCUAACUACAAAUGCUAUACCUUCAAAUAUUAAUUCAUCUGGAUUAUCUCCUAAUAACUAUAGUUUUAGAAGAUAUUCUACAUCUCCAAUACCAGAUAGUGCACCAUUAAAAUAUAGAUAUGGAUCACCAUUUUCAUCAUCUAGUAGGAACAAUAACAUUCUAGAAGAAGUGAGUCCUAUUAAACCUCGUUCUACAACACCCGCAUUAAUUCCUGGAUCAUCACCACAAAAUGACAAGAUGGGUAGUCCAACCUCAAGUAUUAUUAAUUUAACAUACGAUAAGGCUAAAAGAUUACAUUCUCAAACACCAUCUCCUAAUAAACAAAAUUUCGGUAUUUAUUAUCAUUACAAUUAUCAACGAAGCUCAUCCCAAAGGGUUAGUAAUAAUCCAGGUUGUGUAAUAAAUAAUUUGAGCAAUAAUGGUAAGAAUUUGCCAUAUUCCAAUACCCAGCAUAAUAAGCCAAGGCCCACAUCUUAUUAUCCGCCAUCUAGAAAUACAUCAUCUAUUAAUAAUAUAUCUUCUUAUUUGGAAGGUAUUACUACUACAUCCGAGAUAUCUUUGAUAAAUAUGGAUUUAGAAAGAGAAAAAAGUUUAGUAAUUGAUCAUGAUAGUAAUAGUAACUUCCAGAAUGCUACAGGUAAUUUUACCCUUACAGAAGAAAAUAAUAGGCCUAGUAAUUCUAGAGAGGAUAGUUCUAAAACUAAUAACAUGGAUCUUACAUUUAAAUUGAUUCAAGAGCAAAUGAAUCAACUCAAUUUGAGCACUACUAAUAGUAUAAUUUCCCAAGAGUUAGAUCCACAAAAGGACGGUCUUAUUGAUGGGCACACAAGCAGUUGUUGCACUAGUCGCGAUAUCAGUAAUCCAUUAAGUAACAAGAAAAUUAAUGGCAAUAAAAUCAAUACGCCAGUAAGCAUGACUAGUGGUAAUUCUAAUUAUCAUACUCCUAAUUAUAAUGAAAAGAAAAGAUUCAGUUUUUUAUCAUUUUAUUCUAAUUAUGAUGUAUCAAAAAUUAGCGUUGAUACUGCAACGAGUAAAUUAACUAUGGAUGAUAUUAACGAUAAUGAGCCCGCCAAGGAUAAGGAUAAUGAAGAAACAACUCCUGUUGAAGAGAGUAAUAGUUUACUUCAUGGGAAACAAUCUGUUACUACUAAUAUAGUUAAUAAUAUAGAUCUUAAUGAAUUAGAUGAACAACGGAAAUUAAGAGACAAAUCCAAGACUCGGAAAAUAUUUGAGUUUAUCAAAAGACAUAGCAUGAAGUUGGGGGAUCUGUAG